AUGCGAUUAAUCAAUAGAUUAUUUUCAUUUCGACCAAUCAAAACAAUGACAACACAAAAAGUAUCUUAUUUGACGCAGCAACAAGCCAAAGAUAUCGAUGAAGAACUUUUUAAUGAAUAUAAAUUUAGUGUUGACCAACUUAUGGAAUUAGCGGGUUUAAGUUGCGCAGCAGCUAUUGAAAAAGCAUAUAACGAUAAGCAUCAAUAUUCAAAAUGUCUGGUCAUUGUCGGUGGUGGUAAUAAUGGUGGCGACGGUCUUGUAUGUGCUCGUCAUUUAAAAUUAUUUGGUUAUGAACCAUUCGUCUUCUAUCCGAAACGAACCGAUAAACCAUUGUAUAGAAAUCUUUUGCAUCAAUGUGAAAGAAUGAAUAUUGAAGUUAUUGAUAAAAUACCAACAGAAUCAAAUAUUAAUUUAAUUGUCGAUGCUAUAUUUGGUUUCGGUUUUGCCGGUGAAAUACGUGAACCAUACAAUCAAAUUCUUAAAGAAAUAAAAAACUUAGAAAAAACAAAACCCAUCAUUUCGAUUGAUAUACCAAGUGGUUGGGAUGUAGAAAAGGGUCCAAUUAAUGAUGAUUGUAUUCAACCGGAAUGUGUUAUUUCAUUAACAGCACCUAAAUUAUGUAUGAAAUAUUUUCAAGGAAAAUAUCAUUUUCUCGGUGGCAGAUUUGUUCCUAAAGCUUUAGAAGAAAAAUAUAAAAUUAAUCUUCCGAAUUAUUCGAAUAGUGAACAAAUCAUUCAAAUUUAA